AUGUCAUUUUUGUGGACUCUUACGGCUGCGUUUUUAUACACCGAGGCUGCAGUCAUUACUCUUCUGCUCCUGCCUAUUAUUUCCUCAAAAACAUGGAACCGCAUUUUCAAGUCCCGCUUCGUCGGUAUGUUCACAGCUUAUGCUUCGUUGUACUUCAACGGAUGUCUCAUUAUCCUCGGUCUUAUGCUCAUUGAGGCUCUUCGACACGUGAGUGCACAAAACAAAGUCUACCAGGAGCUGAAGUCCAAUCCAAGCCUCUACAAACCGGAAACCGAGUCGGUCUACCUCAUGAAGUUGUUCAGAGCCCAAAGGAAUCUCUACAUCUCGGGAUUUUCUCUAUUUCUCUGGUUUGUGUUCAGGCGCCUGGUGACAUUGAUCGCGGAUCACGCCCGGGUAACUGUCGCUGGCGAAGCCUCAUUGGCCCAAGCCAAGUCCGCAACUGAGGCCGCCCAGCGCCUCAUGUCUGGUAGCCCGACCUCUGGUAGCUCCUCCGCCGACACAGAAGGCCACCUCGAGGUGCGUUGCCAGGAUUUCUUGGUGGAGAUAACUAAACUGCGUGGCGAAAUCAACGAUCUGAAGGAGCAAUUAGAGACAGAAGUAGCAGCACACAAGCGUGCCAAGACGCAAGUUGAAGCGAUUACCAUGCAGGCGAAACAGGCAACAAAGGAGUACGAUCGUGUUACGGCGGAAUGCCAGCAACUGCAGGUUCGUUCAUCAUUUUGUGGAACGUGGGAUGCUUUCAUUAAUGUAGAUGUCCUGUUAGGCAUGUACAAUAGUGUUUCUUAG